AGAAGGAAACAAAGAAAAAACAAAAGAUAAAUUAAAAUCGAAGAAAAAAGAAAGAAAGAAAGGAAGAAAUAAGAAAGAAAAGUAGAGCAAAAUAAAGAAAAACAAGGAAAAAACAAUAAAACAAAACAAUAAACAGGAAAUCAAACGAGGCGAAUAAAGAACCAAGCAAAGCGGCAAAGGAAAACGGGCUCAGUGUGGCUUUAGCCGUCUCAGGGGGAGGGUGUGUGACGCUCUCCGGGGGCGACGCGGGCACUGGACACGAUAAUAUAAUGAAUGAAACGACAAUGAAGAUGAAGAACGCAAUGAAGAUGAUGAUGAAGAUAAUGAAAAACUCCACCCUCUAAACACCAACACCACCUUCCUCUCCCGUGAUAGUGAAGUUCAGCUGAUGGUGAUGGAGGCGACAAACGGAGGUGUCCCUGGAGGCGGUGGUGGUGGUGGUGGUGGUGGUGGUGCUGGGCGGAUGGUUGGGUCAGGGGUACUGGGUCACGCCAAGGAGCUAUGCGUCAACAAGAUGGGUCAUACUAUGGUACCCAGACCUGAAAGCGGGGGAGGCUUCGCAAAAUUCCGCGGGCUUUUCUGGCGCCAUAGACUCCAGACUGUCACCUACUGCGCCGUCUUCUGGAGUUUUGGCAUGUGCGUGGCUUUCCUGGGACCCACACUGCUGGACUUAGGGUGCCGAAUCUCCUCCGUCUUCAGUUCGAUGUCCUGGAUUUUCUUCUCCCAGGCCUUGUUCACUCUCAUCGGUUCGGCAUGCGGGGGUUUCCUGAUACAGAGAAACCGCGGCUCUCACCUGGUCACGCGGGGCAGAAGGUGUGAGUGGUUCCAGAGGUGGUUCAGAAGCGAGAGCAGGCUCGGCAACCACGUGGUACUCCUGGUAUCUACGAGCAUGUUAGCUGUGACCCUGGCUAUCGUCCCCUGGUGCCGCGUCCUAUGGGGCCUGGCGGGGGUACUGGCGGUCAUGGGUUUCUUCAUGGGCACCGUGGAUACUGUUGCCAACAUCUCCAUGAUUCAGCUAUACGGCAGGAAUGUAGCGCCCUUUCUACAGACUCUCCACUUCUUCUACGGGUUGGGCGCCUUCCUCUCCCCCAUCAUUGCGGAGCCCUUUCUUCUCAACAAGGACUGCGACCCCGAGCCCCCAAUGCCGCACCCCCGGAACUUGACCCUGCCGCUGCCCCCCAUCAACGCUACCACCACCGGGGACUCCUCGGGGAUACAGUACGCCUUCUGGAUACUGUCAGGCCUGCAGGUCCCCGUCAUCCUCCUCCUCAUCCUGCUCGUGGCCAAGGAAGCAAUGGGGCUGGACAUCGGUGGGGAGGCGGAGGUGGGGGCAGAGGGCGCGGCGGGGGCGGGGGCGGGCGUGGAGGGGGGCAAGGAGGCUUAUGAGAUGCAGGGGAAGGGGGAAGGCGCGGUUGAGCUCCCCCCGGUGACGAGGGAACAGAUGCUGACGGUUACGAUUCUCACUGCCUUCAUGCUGUUUCUCUACGACGGUCUGCAGGCUGGCUAUGGAGGCUACGUGUUCAGCUACGCCGUCAGGAGCAUUGCGGGGAUGAGCAUGGACGAAGCAGCCUACCUCAACGCGUGUUUCUGGGGGACCUUCGCUUUCGGCAGACUCAUCUCCAUUGCGCUGGCCACUAGACUCGCGCCCUCCUUCAUGCUGCUGUGUAACAUUAGCGGGUGCCUGUUCGCAAUGGUGUUGAUGCUGUCCCUUCGUCACAAUCACGCCGUCCUGUAUAUUGGAACCUGCAUCUUCGGCACCUUCCUCUCCUCCGUCUACCCCACCGCCGUGUCGUUGGCUGAGACCUAUAUACACGUGACCUCUUCCAUGACCUCGGCGCUGGUGGUGACCGCGGCGGCAGGGGAGAUGGUGGUGCCGGUCAUCAUAGGUCACGCCUUCGAGUCCAUCGGGCCCGCCAGCCUGCUGAUCAGCGGCGUGGUGAUGACGCUGCUCAGCUUCGUGGUGUACCUGGUGCUGUGCCUCGUGGCGCAGACCAUCACCAGGCACUCGUCGGAACGAAGCCUCAGCCAGCGUCUCAAAGGCCUCUUCGUGGGAAAUAAAGCAGGAGAGGCUGACGAGGAUACAGGUCUGAUGCGACACCAUGUUAAAUAUUACACCCGAAUGAGGAGCCGCCUGUCAGAGUCCUCGCUGGGGGAUGAAGACCGGGAGGAGGAGGAGGAGGAGGAGGAGAAGAAGCCUGGAGGGUUAAGAGACUUUUCCUUCCUCCUGCCGAAGAAAGUCUAGCAGUAGUAGAAGUAGUGGUAGUAGUAGUAGUAGUAGUAGUAGUAGUAGUAGUGCAGGGAAGUCUUGUUUUACGUUGAGAGUAGCGUUAUGGAAGGGUCAACGUAAAAAAAAAAAAUAAAGUACAGUUAAAUAAAGAAAAGUAAAAUAAAGUAGAGAAAAACGAAGUAAAAAGUAAAGUUAAAUUAAGAAAAGUAAAAUGGAGUGAAAUAAGGAAAGAGUAAGGUAAAUUAAGGUUCAUUUUUUCCUACUUUUUCCGCGUAAAACAAAUUCGCGUAAAACAAGAACCAACAAUACUAAAAAGCUUCACAAAUAUACAUCAAGGAAUUUGGAUUGCAUUAAAGAGAUGGACAAAUUGACAUAACACGAAUAAGUUGAUUUUGCAAUACUUUUCCCGAACGCGUAAACCAAAUUCGCGUAAAACAAGAAAAACUUCCAAGAUCAAACUGCCUCCUAUUUUAAGUUCUUCCUUUUUUAUAUAUAUUUCAUUUUAUAUAUUUCUCUUCUACUACUAUCACUAACUCUACUCUGUUCACGAUAACUUGGCAAAUAGGCCCCUCCCACCUCCUUAAUACGUGUCCCUCAUUGGCCAGUCCACCAGCAAGCCACGCCCCCUCACUAUAUUAGGUUUCACGUGAUUGGUGGAUGCUGGGAAAGGUUAAAUCCUAUUGGUGGUUGCUUUGGAAUGUUAAAAUCUCAUUGGUGGAUCCUGGGAAAGGUUAAAAUCUCAUUGGUGGAUGCUGGGAAAGGUUAAAAUCUCAUUGGUGGAUGCUGGGAAGGGUUAAAUCUCAUUGGUGGAUGCUGGGAAAGGUUAAAAUCUCAUUGGUGGAUGCUGGGAAAGGUUAAAUCUUAUUGGUGGAUGCUGGGAAGGGUUGAAUCUGAUAUUUGGAUGCUGGGAAAGGUUAAAUCCUAUUGGUGGAUGCUGGGAAGGGUUGAAUCUGAUAUUUGGAUGCUGGGAAGGGUUAAAUUCUAUUGGUGGAUGCUGGGAAGGGUUGAAUCUUGCUUAUAUUUGCCAGGUUAUGUUGCUAAUGUUAAAAUACCUUCUGAAUCUACUCUAUAAUACUAAUAUAGGUUUUAAUACUUCUAUAAUUACUACUAUAUACAAUGACUUCAGGUAUUAUGUUAAAUUUGUAAAAGCUUAAAUAUUAUGAUAGAUAUUUGCAAGGAUGGAUUUUUUAAUGAUUUCGAGUAUGUAUUUGUAAGAAUGUAAGUUUGAUUUUGAGAGAGAGAGAG